UUGGUGGAUAAGUUAAGUUAAACACCCAAAUAACCAAAGAAAAACACCACACAUAACUAAAAACCUGAUUCGUACGGAUCUUCCUCUUUGUUGAGCGCACCAUUGAGAUUUGAGAAGAAACAGAAUCAGCAGUCGGAAAAUCGGAGCAGCGCUUCACAUUCAAUAUCAGAUCCAAUGAAACAAAUCGUGAAGAUCUUGACGCUAUUGCUUGGAGUAGCUGCCAUUUGGAUAGGCUUGUUGCAGACAUCAACAAUUCCAGAGAGUUACACUUGGCUGUUGCCUCUAUACCUCAUUAUGUCGCUUGGUUGCUAUGGUCUUUUCAUGGUAGGCAUUGGUCUAAUGACAUUUCCCACAUGUCCUCAAGAGGCUCUUUUCUUACAGCAGGAUAUUCUUGAAGCCAAGGAAUUCCUGAAGAAAAAAGGAGUAGACGUUGGUUCUGAUUGAAUCUUGUUUAAAUCUCAAUCACAGUUGUUUACUUGUUUAACAUAUGGAAAAACACAUUCAGUGAAGAUGAAAAAUUAGAGCAUGGAUAGUUGCUGGAUUUCAGUAGCAUUCUUCAGGUAGGAAUAUAACAGUCCUGAUCUUCUGAUGCCCCAUUCAUGCCAGUGCAGCUGACUAGGACAUGUUUUCUUAUAAUAUUCUUUUUGAGUUCUGUGUCGAGAUUGAACAA